AUGCAUUCCAUACUGAGUAGACUUUACCGCCCCGAAAGCUCGAUUGCCACGGACGGCUCAAGAGGCCAAUCGGCGCCUUCACACUUGCGAAGGCCACCAUCGACCCAAAAUGCUGUUGGCGAUACAAUAUUGACAGGACUUGCCGAACUAGGAGCUUAUCGAGUAGGCUGUCAUCACGCCUUCGUUACACUGCUGGACAACAACGAGCCGUAUGUGAUCGCGGAGGCAAUAGUCCCUCAAGCUGUGGGGAAAGAUGAAAGCGAGAGGAGCUCCUUGCUCGGCGUAAAGACCUUAGGAUUGCAGGCUAGUGGAAGCUAUCCCGUCAACGGUUUUAAAGAAACGCCGAAUGACAAAUGUCAUAUUGUCCUGGACAUAUGCGCAGAUCCUACUAUUGGUGGUCAUCCAUUUGUCACUCUAUGCCCUGAUAUACGCUUUUACGUGGAGGUUCCCCUUCACAGCUCUGCAGGUGAUAUCUUUGGAACGUACUGUGUUGUCGACAGUGCUCCACGCUCGUUAUUUGCCGAUCGCCAGCUUGAUACCUUAAAGCAAGUAGCAAGUUCCGUCGCCGACCAUCUCGAAAAUGUUUCGACAUUGUAUAAAUGCCGAAAGUCUGAGCGACUUCUCGAUGCGCUCAAGGACUUUGCUAGAUGCCAGCCCACUGGAGAUACGAAGCGAAACUCCCACAGCAGUAGGAAGGCUUCGGAUCUAAUCUCGCCUCGGUCAUCAGAACUUCCCGAUAUCGAUCGCAUUUCGUUGUCAACGGAAACUGUGCAUGAUAGGUCUGGAAUGGAAAAACCGAAACCACAAGCCAGGGCGCAUGCGUCAUCGUUCUUCAAGCGAGGUGAUGUUCCUUUGAAGGCGCCUCCAUCACCUGAAAAACACCAACAACAUGUCAGGAGACUUUCAGACGAGUCAAGUAACUUGAUAACUGUAUCAGAAGGUGCUACAUCAUCUGGAACCUCCGCUCUGUUUUCUCAAGCUAGUGCUCUGCUUCAGGAAUCUAUGGAGUUGGAUGGUGUAUUGUUUAUGGAUGCGUCGCGCAGUAACUCUCGGAGCUUUUCAACUGCCAGCGUCAGUGACUGGGAUGAACCCAGCAAAGAUACCGAUACCUCCGCACCUCCUCAGUCUCCUGGGCUUUCAUCCCAAGGUCCAUGGUCCGAGAAACAAUGUGACAUCUUAGGUCACGCCUUAUCUGAAGACCUGCUAGGUAAUAGCGACUCAACGUUUUUUGGCAUGACAGAAGGCCUGCUUCAUGAAAUGUUCGCGGCAUUUCCACAUGGCGAGGUGUUCUACCCUCCAGCGAUAACACGACGUUUUUCAGUGCAAUCUUCCAGUAGCCGUGGCCAUAGCCGACAGGGUAGUGAUGGUGGUCGUUCCCUUUACAAUAGUAUCACAGUUCGAUUAGGGCAUGACUUCCCCGACAGCAAGUCCCUCAUAUUCCUUCCGUUGUGGAACUGGGACAAGUCUCGAUGGCUUGCAGGUGCGAUCGUGUGGAUGAACAACAAGCAACGAUCAUUGGGAGCGGAUGAUCUUUGUUAUUUGAGAGCAUUCGGAGACACCAUAGUUGCCAAAUUCUCCCAGCUUGGAUGGAGUGCUACGACAAAAUCAAAAUCGGAUUUGCUUUCAUCCGUUAGCCAUGAACUACGCUCACCUUUGCAUGGCAUGCUUGCUAGCGCCGAGCUGCUGCAAACAACAAGCCUAGAACCUGCUCAACGAGAUAUGCUUACAAUGGUUGAAACAUGCGGUCUGACAUUAUUAGACACGAUGAACUACCUGCUGGAUUUCACGAAAAUAAACAACCUGACACAUAUACACAACGCAGGAGAGAUGGGUGAAUCGGCCUUUGAUAACCUGACUACCGACUUUGACCUAGGUACGCUGGUAGAAGACGUCUCUGAGACCUUGUAUGCUGGCCAUCGGUCUCUCAUCAACGCUGCCAAGAUAGCGGGUCGGUAUCUACCCACUGGUGCCGGUGUCGGUAACAGAUCCAUUGGUACCGAAGUCAAACAAUUAGACAAUCCUGAUGAUUUGUCUGUCGUUGUCCGCAUUGAGGAGCAAACGUCUUGGUCAAUUCAUUCUCUCUCGGGCGGGUGGCGGAGGAUCGUGAUGAAUCUGCUGGGGAAUUCGUUCAAGUUCACUCGCUCAGGCCUCAUUGAGAUUUCUUUAUCCAAAGAAGUGGAAGGUGUUGGCGACCAGAAGACGACUAUUGCCCACCUGUCGAUCAAAGAUACGGGAUGCGGAAUAUCAAAAGAAUUCCUUGACCACCAGCUUUACAAGCCUUUCGCACAGGAAGACGUGUUAACCGAAGGAUGUGGACUAGGCGUGCCUAUUGUGCAGCAAAUCGUGACCUACCUAGGUGGCUACGUUGAGGUGCAUAGCGAUGUUGGUGUUGGAACACAGGUUGAUGUGUACGUUCCCAUUGAAUAUGCCGUCCAACCGCCACCCCCUUCGGCGCCUCUUAAGCAGGGAGAGGGUCCAGGAUCGCGGAUCAUGACACGGGUUUGCCUGAUCGGUCUGAACCCAUAUGCCGAACUUAAGGGAGCUCGGAAAGGAGUUAUCACGACCGAAGCGAAGCGGAAGCUGUCAAUUCGCGGAGCGCUCAGCAAUGUACUCCUCAGCCAGCCUGGAUGGAUGGUAUCUUUUGCCGAUUCGCUUGAAAAGGGCUCUGGCGACAUUGGUGUUGUCGAGGAGUCUAGCCUCAAGAAGAUCGCCGAAGCUGGUCCCAUCGAGACCGAGUUCAACACGAUAAUGGUGCUCGGUGAGCAUGGGGUGUCUCUUCCACGAGAUUUUGCCAUCAAGAACGCGGACAUUAUUUAUGUGUCUCAGCCGUACGUACUCAUUGCCACAUCUUGUUCACUAUUUCACUAA